CCCCUUGGUAGCCAAAAAGUCUACGGUCUCUCAGACAAAAACAUUUAUUCUGUCUCUUUCUCUUUUGAAUUUUGAUCAUGAUUCACUGCUACAUUCAUAAAUAGUUAAGGUAUAAGUUUUUCUUUUCUUUUUUUUUGGCUAAUAAAUUCUCUGUAUUAUUCUGAAGAACUAAAGAGGAUGGCCAAGACCAACACUGGGAAAGGCGGUACCGGAGUUAGGCAGUACAACAAAUCAGAACUUCCGCGGUUGAGAUGGACUCCUCAGCUUCACCAACACUUUGUUCAUGCUGUGGAUCGCCUUGGUGGAAAAAACAAAGCAACACCGAAGCAAAUAUUGCAGAUGAUGAGUGUAAAAGGGCUCAGCAUUUCUCAUAUCAAAAGCCAUCUUCAGAUGUACCGGAGCUGGAAAGAUAGUAAGAACAUGGACAUGUUUGUACCGGUGAGGCACUUGCGUUUUAGAAGAUCACCAUGCCUUAAACACAAUGCAGCCCUCUUUACGUCAAAUCGCGCAUUAUCUAAGAGGGUAGUAGAAAAUGAACACAAAGAGUGGGAAUGCGAAGGGGGAAAUUUUUCAAAGGAAAGCAAUCAUAGCCUUUUACAAAUGGAAGAAGCAGCUAAUCUCUUUCAGCAUCAGCAGCAGGACUUACAGCCUGCAAAAAGGUUGAAAGAUGAAGGUAUAAUUGGAGGGUUAGCAGAAGUUUGUGAGCUCUCUCUAUCUUUCAGUACUCCUUCCCCAGCUGUUACCAUAAAAGAAUCAGAAGAUGAGAAAGGCUACUUUUACCCUCUAAUAGAUGAUCUGAUCAGCCACCCAACUUUCAUAAGGACUUCAAAAAUAUCCAAUAACAAUUACAUAAAUUUGGACCUAACCAUCUCAACCUCAUUUCCCAAUUGAUCACACUUGGAUUAAUACUAAAUUAAUUUGUAGUAAAAAAAUAGUUUUCUUCUUUUUUUUUAAGGAAACGACUUACUUGAUACGAUAUGUAUAAGCAGCUUUUUUUUUCUUUUCCUUAAUGUAAAAGAACAGAAAAUUUAUAGUCUUAGAUUAGAUUAUUCUAUAUAUACACUAACUAAGAUGGAGUUCAAAAACCCCACGAGUAGCCGAUUGUAAAAUUUUGUCCCAUGUCUAACUAUAAAUAAA